AGGCGCCGCGGGCGGCCGCGGCCGCCCCGGCGUGCGGCGGCUCGCCCUGCGGCGGUGCCCCUUCGGAGGGGGCGACGGAGGACUGGACCGCCGAGGACCCGCUGCUCGCGUGCCCUGCGUCGCCGGGGGACGCCUCAGAGGUGCUGGAGGACGACGGGGGCAGGCUGUACGACGAGGGCUGGUGGCGCCCGCCUCGGGGCCAGUCGGGGCACGGUGGCGCGCCGCCAGACGCCGCCUACAUGCGCAGCCUCGCGCCGCCGACCACCUCAGGCCUCGCCGCGGCGCCCCUCGGCAUGGGCGCGGUCCUCGCGGCGGCGCCCACGCGGCACCCGCCCGAGACGUGCACCGGGCUCACGCCGAGGAUGGCUUGGCGUGCCAGCUGACGGCGUCGCCGCCACGCCGCCCGCGCCUGCCACGCGCCCGAGCUGCCCGGGGCCCCUUCCCCGACGCCCGCGGUGCAGCCCGAGCAGCCUCCCGCCGACCCCGAGGCCCCGGCAGAGGCCGGAUAUGGCCUUGGCAUCGCUCGGACGUGUGCAUUUUUCUUUCGGCGAG